UCAUCUAACCGGAGUGCUAAAGAAAAAAGUUCAUGGCAACAAGAAAAGGACAGCUCAUCUUCAUCAAGCUCAGACUCAGACUCAGAGUAUUCUUCAAAUGACAAAAGCGGUAAAAAUGGACUGUUGGAAAGUGACUUUCAGAAAACUGAUGGGAUCAAACAUGAACUCGAAUCAGCACAUCUAGAAGUUGCUGACCUGAAGAGGAAAUUGACAGCUACAAGUGAAGAGAAGGAAGCUUUAAACUUAGAAUACGAGGUGGCUUUGACCAAGAUAGAAGAAACAGAAAAAAUUGCCAGAGACUUGAAGACUGAAGCUGAAAGGUUAGAUGUUGAAAAAUCUCAACUUUUGGCUGAGAAUAAUGAACUAAAUAAAAAACUGGAAGCUGGUGGGAAGAUAGAAGCCGAACUGAAUCAAAGAGUAGAAAAUGUGGAAAGAGAGAGAGAUAACUUGAUUCGGGAGAAAGAGACUGCUCUGAGAAGGAUAGAGGAUGGAGAAAAUAUUACAGCAGAGUUAAGAACCAUGGUUGAUCAGCUGAAAGAUGAAAAAGUAACCCUUGAGCAAGAACUAGAAUCCGUUCAAGGGGAAGUCUCCAAUUUGAAGCAGCAGCUGGAAUCUGCAGAACAGCAGGUGUCAGAUGUAAGCAAAGCUAAGGAGGAAGAGACCUUGAAAAUUUCGGAGAUGUCAAAUGAAAUUCAGCAGGCACAGAACAUGAUACAAGAGCUCACGGUUGAAUCUAGUCAACUAAAGGAGAAAUUGGGUCAGAAAGAAAACGAAUAUUCAACUCUGUCUGAGAGGCAUGAGCUGCAUGAGAACAAAACCUCGGCUCAAAUAAAGGGAUUACAGGCUACAGUGACAGGGCUGGAACUGGAACUAGAAUCGUUGCAAGGUCAGAAAAGAGACAUGGAAGUGAAGAUUGAGAGUAAAGAAACUGAAGUUAAACAACUGGAAGAUGAAAACACAGGACUACAAGUCCGAAUUUCAGAACUUAAAUCAGUAUCAAAUGAGAGAGCAGCUGAACUGUCUGCUCUAACAAAAGAACUUGAGGAUAAGACUAGUGAAUCUAUUCAGCUGAAGGAGAAACUUGAGAACAAAGAAACUCAAGUAAAACAAGUAGAAGAAGAGAAUGCAGGAUUACAAGCCCAAAUUUCAAAACUUGAAUCAACAUUAGAAGAGAGAGAAGCUGAACUUUCUGCUCUCACAAAGAAACUUGAGGACAGCAAUACUGAAUAUAGUCAGCUAAAUGAGCAAAUGGAUCUCAAGGAAAAGGAAUAUUUAACUCUGUCUGAGAUGCACAAGCUGCAUGAGAAUGAAACAUUGGCUCAAAUAAAGGGCUUAGAGGAGAAAGUUUCGGGGCUGGAACUGGAGCUGGAAUCUUUGCGACAUCAGAAAAGUGAUUUGGAAGUAGAGAUUGAGAGCAAAGAAACUGAAGCAAAACAACUGGGAGAGGAGAAUGCAGGACUACAUGCCCGAGUUUCAGAGCUUGAAUUGAUAUCAGAAGACAGAGAAGCUGAACUUUCUGCUCUCACAAAGAAAAUCGAGGACAGCAAUAAUGAAUCAUCAUCUAGAAUAGCAGAUUUGGCAGCACAGAUCAGUAAUCUGCUAGCUGACAUAGAUUCUUUGCGUGCCCAGAAAGUUGAAUUGGAGGAACAGAUAGUAUGUAAAGGUGAUGAAGCAUCAACUCAGGUCAAGGGCUUAAUGGAACAAGUAAAUGUAUUGCAGCAAGAAUUGGAGUCCCUACUCAGCCAGAAAACUGAAUUGCAAGUGCAGGUUGAGAAUAAAACUCAAGAAACUUCAGAGUACUUGAUACAGAUACAAAAUCUGAAAGAGGAGAUAACAAACAAGCUAACGGAUCAUCAGAGGAUUGUGGAAGAGAAAGAGAGUUUGACAGCAGAAAAGAGAGACAUUGAGAUAAAGGUGGACUCGAUACACAACCACAAAAGUGAACUUGAAGAGGAGAUAAGAACUAAAGUCCUUGAGAACGAUCAGUUGAGAGCAGAAAUUGUGGAGCUGAAGGAUCAAAUUUCUGAAUUUGAGAAGAAACUAACGCAAAUAGAGGUCGAGUUCUCUUCUCUUCAGGAGAAACAUGAAAGUUCUGUGAACGACGCAUCUGCUCAAAUAGAAGCCUUUGUGUCACAGGUUAACAGUCUACAACAGGAUUUGGACUCAUUGCAGACCCAGAAGAAGCAGAUAGAGUUGCAAUUUGAGAAGGAGAAACAAGAACAUUCAGAGAGCCUGACGCUAUUGGAAAAUGAAAAAGCAGAGUUAACGAGCAAGAUCACCGAUCAUCAAAGACUGCUGAAUGAACGGGAGGAUUCAUACAAGAAGUUAAAUGAGGAAUAUAAACAGCUUGAAAGUCAGUUUCAGGACAGCAAGGUCAAUCGAGACUCUGCAGAAAGGAAAAUUGAACAAAUGGUGCUAGAAUUCAGUACAAAAGUUGAAUCCAAAGAUCAGAUAAUAGCUGAUUUGGAACAAGCAGCUGAAGACCUGAAAAGAGAUCUUGAAGAAAAAGGGGACGAGCUUAGUUCUUUGGUUGAUAAUUCCCGGAAUACUGAAGUUAAGCUGCGGUUGUCAAACCAGAAGCUCCGUGUUACAGAGCAGUUACUGGCUGAGAAGGAAGAGAGCUUCAGACGCGCAGAACAAAAGUUCCAGGAAGAACAAAGAGCACUUGAAGACAGAAUUGCUACGUUGUCAGGUACAAUUUCUGCAAACAAUGAAGCCUAUCAAAGAAACAUCACGCAUAUCUCAGAAAAUGUGAACAGUUCUUUGACUGUAUUGGAAUCUGUGAUCAAGAAAUUUGUGGAUGACUUCGCAAAGUAUGAGAAGUGUAUUCUAGGAACAACAAAGGAGCUUCAUACUGCAAAGAACUGGGUUGCGGAAACAAAUGGUGAAAGAGUGAAGUUGAAGGAGGAGGUAGGGGACCUAAUCAAACAACUGCGUGGUAAGAAGGAAGAAGCAUUGGUGUUGAGAGAGCAGGUUGAGAAGUUGAGGGCAACUGCAAGCGGGGAGGAAGUGGAGAAGGGGGGUCUGAUCAAAGCUGUGAAGCAACUUGAGAGGACGGUAGAGGACUUGGAGAAGACGGUGGGAGAGAAAAAUGAGGGCUUACUAGGAUUGGCGGAGGAGAAGAGGGAAGCCAUAAGGCAGCUGUGCAUGUGGAUCGAGUAUCACCAAAGCCGGUAUGAUGAUCUCAAGGAAGUGCUCUCAAAGAUGACUGCUGCAAGAGGCCAGAGGAGGGCUUAGUUUCCUCGUCCUUGGGGAUAAUUAUCUUUUUUUUCCCUUUCCAUUGCAGUAUGACCAUUUUAGUCUGUUGCAUCGUGUAAUUUUUUUUUUUCUUGAUUGAUUCUUUUUUUUUUUUUUUUUUUUUCCCCGGAAGGCUAGUGUUGAUAAAACAUUUUAGGUAGAGCUUGAGCGUAUCAGUAAGUAUGCGCAUGAAUUUGGUUGUAAAUUCUGCUGCUUCUUUUUUCUCGUCCAUUAAUGCAGCAUGUAUAAAAUGCAGAUGGCUCCCUUUUUUUAUUCGAACACUUUUAUAGUGUGAAAUAUGAAAGAUAAAAAAAAAGAUAAAAAGAGGAA